GGAGCAGGUGCAAUUUUUGCAACUGAGGUAGACAUUCAAAAUGCAUUUAGAAUUCAUUUGAAAAAUAAUCCUUGUUUUGCUGUUCAUUGCAGAAUAUUACACGGCUACCAUUUCUUUUUGAAGACCGGUAUAUUACGUGUCUCUGCCUUAAGAAGAUCAACAAAUCUUUUAUUACAGGUUCUUUUGCCGCUCAUUUGCAAUAGACAUUUUUCUAUUUGCUCAGCACUAAAAAGGGGUUCUUUUUUUACAGAUAGUUUUGCUGAGAAAAUGCUGAUCAUUUAAAACAAGGAAUGGGGUGCAGCCCAAGUCAGUCGUCAUCUGCUAUUCUGGUAGAGCCUCGCAGGUCUCCAAGCAUAAAUGAAAUGAAAAGUAGCAAUGAAUUACCUACAGAAUCUCAAAAAGAUGAAUUCUUGAAGGAAAUGAUAGACGAUACUGACCUGCCAAAUGAAGAAUUUCUACAGGAAUCAAUGAAGAGUAGCAAAUCUGAAGGGUCGUCGAAGUCCAGUAGCAGUAGUUGGGAUUCAGGAGUAUACGAGUUGGAAGAUGAUUAUUCUCAUGUCAUUACAGAAAACUCAGAUCCAGGAAAAGUUCGUGAAGUGGACAAUGAAUUUGUUCCGAACGAGGACUUGGAAUUAAUUCUGGUGGGAAAGGCAUGUCCUGCAAGAUUGAGUGCCAGAGACAGAGAUAUGAUGGAACAACAAACUAUCCUGCAAGUUUUGAGAGAAGAGGGGCUAAUCGUUAGACCACCUUCAAGAGCUGUCGGAGGAAUAAGGUUUGAAUUAAUUGCAGCCCAGAACGCUCUUUCUAAUCAGUCGUCAUCAAUACGCAAACUUCCACCCCUGAGCAUACGAAAAAAGCAUAAAGAGAAGAAAGCCGAGCUUACUCAUGAAGAGAUUCAACAAAAAUUAAUGCAAGCGGAAGAAAGGAGAAAGAAAAGAACUGAAGAAAAACUCAACAAGUUAGCUACGAAAGAUCGUCAAGAAAUCCAAACUAUCGCUGAACAACAAGCAGAGAUCAAUAGGCAAAAGCUUAAUAAAAAACUUCAAAUUAAGGCGGAGAGUAGAGAAAAGUAUUUAAAUGAAAUGCAAGAGAAGCUGAAAGCUAGAGAAGAACAUGCACAGAAAGUGCGAGAAAGAAAAAAAAUGUUGGCUAAUGGAUUCAAAUAUGUCUUACCAAAUGGAACAAAUUAGCCAUAAGCAUCUCCUAUGUUUGAUGCAAUUGUAAAAAAAAAAUAUUAAGUUUAAUAAAUCAUGUUCUUUAUUUUA